CGCGUGCGUUACGGGUUUUUCCAUCGGUCCACCAGUACCCCAUCUGAUUUCGCGGUGAACCGGCAUCGAAUCGACGGACAACCUUUAAUACAAUAAACAUAAAAUCCGUACACUUCGGUUCCUCCUAUUCUGGCUGCUAUUUGUUUGCUUGUCGACUUCCCACCUUGAGAUUGGCUAGAUUCGGAGCACUCCAACGUGUGCCCUUUGACUGUUGGGUGGAAAAUUGGAAGCUCUCAGUUCGCGGCCAUCCGUCCUGCUGUUCGGGAGUGUGUAUGAGAAAGUGCAAGGAUUACGGAACGGGUGAAUGGUUUAAUUAUUAACACGUGGUGCCUUAAAGGAGAAAAGCGUGCUCAUUGUGGUUGCAUUGUGGGAAUGGCAAAACGGUGAUUGUCACUCGAUUGAUAGUGUUUGGCGGGAAAUUUUAAUAAUUGAAUACAUUGAUUGUUGGAAAAUGUGAAUCGGGAGUUUUUUUUCAAGAUAAUGUACGACUGGAUCGAACUUCUAUGGAUUACGGUGGAGUGAUUUUGUGACUGUGGUGUGCCUUUAGAAAAAAAAAUACUUGUGCUCGUGGCGAUAAGCGGUACUGGUUAAUUAAAACCUACGAUAAAUUGGAAAAUGGAGCAGAGAUUAAGAAAGAGAGAAAGAGAGAGAUAGAGAAGUAAUCAGAUCUACAACCCGCGAUUACGUUGGUUAAUUGUAGACCAACAUAGAGCUAUCAUGGUGUGAAAUGUAUGUGUUCCCCGCUUCGUAUCACGAUCAUCAACUACAAAAACACGUGUAGCGUAGCAAUGAUUUUUCACUCUCUUGAAAAAAAAACGUUCCUAACGAAAAACAUUUACUAGCAGUCAGCAGGAUAUGAACCGAAACCGCAUUCAAGUAUGUGAUAUUCGAAGUGAAAUAUAUUGCUUCCGAUUAAACUCGGUGACAACGAAUUCAAAGUGAAAUACUUGAAAGCAGCGAAGAAAAAUAGCAAACAUGAACAAACACCAUUAUCGCCAGCAACGGCUACCAAGCGGAACAAAACUGCCUCGAGUGAAUUGAAUUCCCUUUUGGAAAAGCGACCAACCGGUCGUAUGCUCGGGAUCCGGUGUGAAGGUAGCAGAAAAUUGAAGCAAAACUGUAACCCAGCUGUUAAUUAAUCAAACCAUUAUGCAAUGAUCAUUCGCGCUAGUGCGACGACUUCGUCCACAGCGGCUAAUACCAUAACAUCCAACGUGUCCAGUUUCGUUGAUUCCAAAACCGUUCCCCCCAACACCAGACAUCGCUGUUUGGCGGCAGCGACGACAACGACGACGACGGCAACUACAACGACAUCCUCUUUCGGUGCCUCGGCAGCAGGAGAAACAGGAUGGCCGCCACUACCAGGAGUACGUCGGUUAUUUUCGGAGUCGUUCUGCUGCUAUUGGGCUUCCUGAAGGAUGUUAUUGCUGCAAAAAACUACACUUUGAAACCACGAGUUGUUCUUCCCGACGAUUACGUAAAAGAGGUGAGGCCUCCCUCAAAAAAAGGUACACCCGUGAUCGUAGAAUUCAGUAUAUUCGUCGUGGACAUCAAUUCGAUCAACGUAGAAGACAUGGAUUUCAGAGUAGAUAUGUUUGUUCAUCAGAAGUGGGUCGAAUCGCGACUGGAUUUGCACGACGACAUCUUCGAGGAUGGCGACGAUCACGUUAUUCUUCCGCCAGAGUUUUUCGAUAACCUUUGGCAGCCGGAUCCGUACUUUCUGAAUUCGAAAAUUUCAGGUCAAUCUUUUGUAAAUCAAGGUAUUAAUAGGGUUUUAUGUGGCAAAAUCAGUUGUAUGACAUCGAUGCGACAGCAAGAAAUCGCAACACUGACGCACAAAUUCUCAUCGGUAACCCUGUACAAAAACUCAACCGUGCGUUACGCGUGUAUGAUGCAUGCCAUCAUCGCCUGCCAGAUGGAGUUUCAACUGUACCCAAUGGACAUCCAGAUCUGUCCGAUCUACAUCGAGAGUUUUUCCUAUCACAAUCAAAAGAUUCGGCUCAAGUGGGCCGACAACGGUGUCACCCUGAAUCCUGAGCUCAAAUUGCUACAGUACAACCUUGGCCAACCAUUACAGUUAGAGGAGACUGACGGUUACAUGCCGGAGAAAUACGGAAAUUUUUCUCGCCUGGCAGUAUAUUUCCGAUUUGAGCGGCAAAUUGGUCAUCAUUUGAUACAGACCUUUGCACCCUCAACCUUGGUAGUUAUGCUUUCAUGGUUUAGUUUUUGGCUUGGUUUGGAUGCAAUCCCAGGUCGAGUGACUUUAUUAGUUACCUGCAUGCUAACACUGGUGACAAUGUUUACUGGAAUGCGGGCAGAUAUUCCUCCUGUUGCCUACGUCAAGGCACUGGAUCUCUGGAUGGCUGGUUGCAUGAUGUUUGUGUUCUCUGCGCUUGCUGAGUUUGUGGUUGUGAAGGUGUUGGAUGUGCAGUACCAGUAUCAGGUAAACAAAGUACCGAAGGUAUUGCCAAUGCGAAUUAGUGCAAUGGAAAAGGGCCAGUGCGCGACGGUUGCGAACUGGGAAGGCGGUGCGGUCAGCGUUCGACCACGAAAGCCAACACAAACGCCUACUACCCCUGGUCAGGUAUCGCUGCAGGGCAACGGAGGACCGCAACCUCCGAUGGCCAAACAACCAACACGGAGGCAAAGUAUUCUCUCCGUAGCUUGGACCGAUACGGACACAGGCAUCGAGAAGAUUAUGUGGCGUGAGAUUGACAAAAUGUCGCGAGUAGUAUUUCCCGGAUUAUUUCUCGUUUUUGUCGUACUUUACUGGCCAAUACUAAUUUUCAAAACAUCUUGAUCGACUGGGGAGUGGUAGAAAGUAACUAUGCUCUUUUUAUAUUUUCAACAUCCCUACUUAUCCAACGAAACUCCUGUAGCACACUUUGCACACUAUAUUUUAUACUAUCUACUAAAAGGUCUAUUUUAGGUCUCCAUCACAAUAUUCAACGAUAAAGUAUGGCUUAAAACACUCCUAAGAACUCAGAUCGGAAAUGACAAAUCUUAAUUGUUUUCCUUUUUGCAACGAAUUAGUCAAAAUCAAUAGUAUAAAUAUGGAAUGAGGUUCACUGGCAAAUGUAUUCACAUUUAGUCCACGCACAAAUCUGAAUAUUUUAAUUUUAUGGUAAAUUAAUCCCUAAAACUUGAGUUUUUUUGGACUUCUACAAUGGUCAUAAAUCCAAACAAAAUGUCUGAAUGCAAAUGUCACGCGAAACGUCAGGACGCGCAUACGAGCUAAUUACAUUUGAUCAAAGCAAACCAGUCAGAAUGAAUGCAAUAACAGCUCAUCGCUUCGCGUUCCGUGCUCACUCUGACAGCAACCUAAGGUUGAUAUCAGAGUUUGCGCGGAACGCGGACCGAAGCGAAGCGAUUCAAUGCGAUGUACUGUUUUCACAUCGCAUUCACUCUGACAGGUUUGCUUUGAUCAAAUGUAACUAGCUCACACGCGCUUCCAGACGCUUCGCGUGACGCUUUCACUCUGACAGCAACCUAAGGAUGCUGUCAAAAUGAGAGCGGAACGCGGUACGGAACAAAGUGAUAACGCAUCGCAUUCACUCUGACAGGUCUGUUUUGAUCAAAUAUUGGGUCAUGGCACCAAUAGUCAUCUCAUUUCUAGAGUCGCAAUAUUUGUUUGCCAAUUACUCGGCUUUCAAUCAAUCAGUUCAGCUUCGCCAUCGCACGGCAUCACUUUCAAUAUAUAAUGUCAAUUAUAUGAAGGCGCAGUGCUACUAUUUUGGCACGCACGAAUUUGACAUCGCAUCGCAAAUCGCUUUAAUUCUGACAGCAACCUAAAGUGGCUACACUGAUAAAAAAAAAUUGCACGAUCGUAUAUGCAAAAUGCUUGAUUAGGUUAUCAGUGUUUCGUUUGAAAUCUAUAUGGAAAACAAUGUGUCAUUCAUAUUAAAUUCAUACUGAAUCUAGAGGUAACGAUAUAUCUUAUCGUUUUGAUGUGCAUUUAGAUGCAUUGUAUUGCCAGGACUUUUCUUUAUUGUAUAUUUUCAUGAAUUUUGGACUGAAGCGAAGUGGUUCAAUGCGAUGUACCGUUAUCACUUCGCGUGACGCUCGCACUUUAACAGUAGCCUUACUUUACUAAUUCGCAUUUUCAAAACUAUCUCUGUGAGAAAGUCAAAAGUUUUUGACCGGGAACAUCUCUUGUUGUACUCAAAGUAAAUUGCUUGCGUUUGCCGUGCUCUAACGAUGGUUUUUAUGUAAUGAGGGACAUAUUAUUAGCCGAGUCCUAAACCCAGGCCCAAAAAGUGAAGUUAGAAUCCAGAAUCCAGAAUCAUGGUUCAGAUCCAGGUGGAGUACUCGGAUCCAGGUUCACAAUUCAUGUCUAGGUCCAAAAUUCAGGUUCAAAAUACAGGACCAAGUUCAAAAUUCAAAUCCCGAAGCCAGGCUCAAAAUUCCGUUCCAAAAGCGAAAUCCUGGUCCAGGUCAAAAAAUCUGGUAUAGGAUCCAGAUUCAAGUCCAUCCAUCCAUUCAUGAAUCAUGAAUAUUACUAAUCCUGUUCUACGUUGGACUCAGGCUUACCAUAGCACUGAUGCAGUUCAGAUCCUAAUCUUGGAUUUGGCAUGUUACCUGUAAGUUCCAAAUCCUGAACCUGGAAUUGGACUUACUAUAUUACCGGUCCGGGGCCAGAUGCUGAAACUGAAACCGUAUCUGGAUAUGGAAUUAGCAUAUGAUGGGCCCAGUUUCGGGUCCAGAAUCUUGACAAGUAAUAUUGUAAAACCAGGCCCAGUUUCACUCAACAGUGUUUGACAUCGGAAAAUUUGUUGAAGAAACCUUUUUAUUCUUUUUUGGUGAGGAACACAAUUUGGUUUUCUUUAUAAGGGGUAUAUUAAAAAUUCAAGCAAGUAAAAGUAUAAAAAAGUUGUCAUUUUUUGAACACUUACUGUUCAAUCGAUAUCGUUAGUAAUAUUUUUAAACUUAUUGGUUGGAUAUAUUUCUACGCAUCUAAUAAUAACUUGAUCUCAAGUAAAUGAGGUUGAAAUAAGAAGCUAGAACUGUAGAACCGAUUCAAAACGGUUCUGCCAGUCUUCUAUGGCAAGAUUCUGGCAGAAACAAAACCGUUAAUAACCGCUAGGCAAAAUUCUCUGCUGGAAAAAGGUUUUUGCUUUGUUGCCAGUUCCUUGCCGGAAUUCUAAUAGAAUGCCGAAAAAUUUCCUGGCAGAUAUAGCCCGUCGUCUGGAGGGAAAUGUGUCGGUCGCGUACCAGUCGGCAUAAGCGAUUGCUGGCCUGUACCAGACCCUGUCAGCUUGAAGCGAAUAUUAAUCUUCAGUUCAGCAACGCCAUCGCACGGCAUCACAUUCAAAAUAUCAUGUUGCGCUGUCCCACAUUAUCAGAUCCGAAUCGAUUUCGAUUUUUUUUUUUCAUUCGGAAUUCCAUGUGGAAAUCAUGAUGAAUUCCGAAAAAAUUUCAACUCC